AUGGAGACCGAGGACCAAUCAGAGCUCUGCUUUCCACAGCUGGCCAACAUCUCCUGCGGGAAGCCUUCGUCUGGUUGGUCUGAAGGUGUUUUUGUGACCGUUCUGCUGUACUUCAGCUGCGUUCUCACUGUGCUGCUUAACCUGCUUGUCAUCACCUCAAUCUCCCACUUCAGGCGGCUCCACACUCCCACCAACUUCCUUCUCCUCUCCCUCGCCGUUUCCGAUUUACUGGUGGGCCUCCUGGUGUGGCCCGGUGAGAUUUACCUGAGAAAAUCCUGCUGGACUCACGGUGAUAUUCCGUGUUCUGUGUAUAAUUUCGUCUCCUUCACGGUGACGUCCACCUCGGUGGGAAACAUGGUGCUGAUAUCAGCUGACCGCUACGUGGCGAUUUGCGAUCCUCUGCAUUAUAACGUCAGAGUCACCGUGAGAAGAAUUCAACUUUGUGUUUGUCUCUGCUGGUUCUCGUCUCUUCUCUUGAGUAGCAUCUUGAUUAAGGAUGAUCUGGUGCAUCCCGGGAUGUAUACCUCAUGCUACGGGGAGUGUGUUAUUCACAUUGACUACACCGCAGCGGUUUUUGACCUGAUUCUGACUUUCAUCCUUCCUCUCAGCAUCAUCAUCACUCUGUACAUGAAGGUGUUUGUGGUUGCUGUCUCUCAGGCGAGAGCCAUGCGCUCUCGUGUUACAUGUGGCAAACGCCGACCGUCCUUCCCCAUGAGAGCAAAGAAAUGCGAGUUGAAAUCAGCCAGGACUCUUGGUGUCGUGGUCCUGGUUUUCCUGGUGUGCUUCUGUCCGUACUACUGCGUCACGCUAGCCGGUGACAGCUUGCCGAGUGCCUCGCACGUGCUCAAUCUGUACUACAUGAACUCCUGUUUGAAUCCCUUGAUAUAUGUGUGGUUGUACCCGUGGUUUAGAAGAGCUGUUAAACGCAUUGUCACUCUGCACAUACUGCAGCCUGCUUCCUGGGGGGACGACACACCGUAG